GUCGGAUGGAGGGGAAGAGGUGCAUCGUUCGGGCAAAUCACUUCCUCGUCCAGGUCGCGGACCGCGAUCUUCAUCACUAUGAUGUUGCCAUAACACCAGAAGUGAAUUCAAGGGCUGUUUGUAGGAAGAUUAUUAGUGAGCUUGUAAAAAUUUACAAGGACUCCCAUCUAGAACGCCUAACACCAGCCUAUGAUGGCAGGAAAUCUCUUUACACUGCUGGAGCUUUGCCCUUUACAUCUCAGCAGUUUAAGAUUAAAUUAGCUGAAAAGGAGCGUGUCGACAAGGAAUUUGGUGUUACCAUCAAGUAUGCCGGACAUGCUGAUCUGCAUCAUCUGCAGCAGUUCCUUCAUGGGAGGCAGUUUGAUGCCCCACAAGAAACAAUACAAGUGCUGGACAUUGUUCUUAGGGAGUCACCCUCACAAAGGUAUGUCACAGUAGCGAGAUCUUUUUUCUCAAAGAAUUUAGGGGCAACAAAAGAUAUUGGCGGUGGAUUGGAAUGUUGGAGAGGAUACUAUCAGUCGCUUCGUCCUACACAGAUGGGGCUCUCCUUAAACAUAGAUACCUCUGCCACUUAUUUUUACCAGUCUAUUCCAGUUAUAGCCUUUGCUAAGGAGUACCUAAACAUCCGAGAUACACCGCGUACCUUGACAGAGAAACAGCGUAUUGCUUUGACAAAAGCCCUACGAGGGAUUCGCGUUGGAGUCACUCAUAGGGAUACGAGCAGACGCUACAAGAUUAAUGGUCUAUCAAAUGAGCCUUUAGCCCAAUUGAUGUUUCCUGUGGAUGACAAGGGAAACAAAAAGCGAGUGGUGCAGUAUUUUCAGGAGAAGUAUCACUGCAAACUUGGCUAUCUUACAUGGCCUUGCUUACAGUCUGGCAGUGGCAGUAACCCAACGCACCUGCCAAUGGUCUGUAAAAUUGUGGAAGGUCAGAGAUUUUUGAAGAAAUUGAAGGAGAAGCAGGUUACUGAAAUACUGAGAGCAACUUGUCAACGCCCACGCGAAAGAGAGGAGAGUAUAAGGAAGAUAGUCAUGGAGAACAACUAUGAAGAUGAUGAAUAUGCACAGGAGUUUGGCAUCAAGGUGGCCAAGCAGCUGACCUCUGUUGAAGCGAGAGUCCUUCGUCCACCAAUGCUCCUGUAUCAUGGUUCUGGAAGUGGAAGACAUAUGACAUGCAAUCCAAGAAAGGGCGCGUGGAACAUGAUCGAUAAGAAAAUGUUUAAUGGUGGAACAAUUGAUAGUUGGGCAUGCGUUAAUUUUUCCCACAAUCUUUAUCGUGAUGCUGCAGUAAAACACUUCUACAGUAGUCUGUUUAAUACCUGUACUAAACUUGGAAUGUCUAUUGCACCUAACUCAGUAAUCAAUGACCUCCAUGAACAUGCUAAUAACGUGGAGGCAGCUCUAAGAACUGUGCAUGCUCAAGCAACUACUGCUUUGGGAGGAGGAACCCUGCAGUUGCUACUUAUCAUUCUUCCAGAUGAAAGGGGGUCUUAUGGUACAAUCAAGCGUGUUUGUGAAACUGAACUCGGGCUCAUAUCACAAUGUUGCUUAUCUAAGCAUGUUCAGGCGAGCAAGCCACAAUAUCUGGAAAAUGUGGCUUUGAAAAUUAAUGUGAAGGUCGGAGGUCGUAACACUGUUCUGUCAGAUGCUUUUAGUAAGAAAAUUCCUAUAGUAACCGAUGUACCAACCAUCAUUUUUGGGGCUGAUGUCACACAUCCCACGGCAGGAGAUGGCGCAUCUCCAUCCAUAGCUGCCGUUGUUGCAUCAAUGGAUUGGCCUGAAGUGACGAAGUACAAAGCCCUUAUUUCAUCCCAACCACAUAGGCAGGAGAUGAUAGAAGAUCUUUAUACAACCACACAAGGUGGCCCAGGUGGCAUGAUUAGAGACCUGCUUCUUUCUUUCAAUAGUGCUACAAGAGAGCUACCCCAAAGAAUUAUAUUUUACAGGGACGGCGUCAGUGAAACACAGUUUAGCCAAGUUCUUCUGCAUGAAGUGGAUGCAAUAAGAAAGGCUUGUCAAUCUCUGCAUAAAGACAAUCAGCCGUGUGUCACCUUUGUGGUUGUGCAGAAGAGGCACCAUACCCGCUUGUUCCCUGAGACCCACGGAAGCGAGCAAGCUGACAAGAGUGGGAAUAUACGUCCAGGUGAUCUUUCAGGAGAAGGGGACAGGACGGAGACUUGGGACUGACACAUGGCGUAAUGGACUGUGGUAUCUGGAUCGUGAAGGGCUAGAUUCAGCUUUGGUGUCAAUGGUAGAGAGAGCAGGAGUAAGAUCUGAGAUGAGUGCUGAGAGUGUGUUGAUGCUUCAUCACAAACACUUGGGACAUACUUCUUUCGGUGUUUUAAGUAGGUUGUAUCCAUCUUUAUUUGAGAAAGUAAAUAAAGAGAAACUUGUGUGUGAUGCGCAUGUAAGUUGGGAAAGCUUACUAGAAGCUCUUAUGUUAGUUCUGAUCAUAGGAGUUCUCAUGCAUUUGAUAUGAUACAUUCAGAUGUGUGGGGGUCGUGUUCCACAAAUUCUAUGAAUGGAUACAAGUAUUUUGUUACCUUCA